AAUCAGAAGUCUGUUUCACGUGCUUCUGUUGCCAAUGAUGAUAGCACUUACGAAUUUUAAGUUAUUGAAAUAUUAUAGAUCUGCAUGUGUGACGUGUAAAUAUUUGUAUAAUAAAAGAAAUGUGUAUUAUGUUAAGUUCAGUACCGAAAGUGGCGAGAAAACCGGCUCCGAGACCGUCACGUUUUCUGAUGGCAAGCCACUCCAGUUUUCUACGGGCAAAUAUGCACGUUUCGCUGAUGGUUGCGCGGUUGCAACUCUGGGAGACACUUCUGUCAUGGUUACGGCAGUUUGUCAGCAUCAGUCAACUACCUCUUCGUUCCUUCCACUCGUCGUGGACUACAGACAAAAGGCAGCAGCAGCCGGUCGCAUACCAACCAAUUUCUUACGAAGAGAACUUGGACCAAGUGAACAUGAAAUUCUUACGAGCAGGGUCAUUGAUCGAUCCAUAAGGCCAUUGUUUCCAGAAGGAUUCUACUUUAAUACCCAGAUAAUUUGCAAUAUGUUAGCUGUUGAUGGCAUGAACAAUCCUGAUGUUAUUGCUAUUAAUGGUGCCUCUGCAGCUCUUAGCGUUUCUGAUAUUCCUUGGAAUGGUCCUGUAGGUGCCGUUAGACUCGGAAUGAUUGAUAAUGAAGUAAUAAUCAAUCCUACCAGACGUCAAAUUCAAGACAGUAUGUUAAACCUUAUUGUCACUGCGACUAAACAAAAUUUAAUAAUCAUGUUAGAAGGUUCGGCUAAUGAGAUAUUGGAGCCAUAUUUAAGGAAGGCAAUAAAACAGGGAGUCAAAGAAUGCCAGAACAUUGUAGCAGCGAUAACAAAAUUGCAAAAGACGUGUGGUAAAUCGAAGAGGGAAAUUAAAACAACUGAACAACAGGAAGACGAUAAUUUGAAGAGUUCUGUGAAAGAAUUCUCGGAGGGAAAAUUACAAGAUAUAUUUUCGAAUCAUACACAUGAUAAGAUAUCGAGAGAUAUCGCAGUAAAUGAUCUUAAAAAUAGUGUUAUUAAAACAUUGCGAAAUGAUAAUGCGGAUUUAGAUGUAAAAUUAGCAGAAAAAAUCUUUGGAAAAAUUGUUAAAGAUGUAUUCAGGACGUUAAUUUUAGAGAAGGAUGUCAGGUGUGAUGGGCGUUCACCAAAUGGUCUACGCGAUAUAUCGUGUCAAGUAGAUCUCUUUAAUCCUCUUCAUGGUUCGGCUGUAUUUCAAAGGGGUCAAACUCAAGUUAUGUGCACUAUCACUUUGGAUUCUCUGGAAAGUGCACUUAAAAUGGACGCCACUUCAAUGUUAAUUAGUGGCAUUAAGGAAAAGAAUUUCUUUCUUCAUUACGAAUUUCCACCUUACGCGACUAAUGAAACGGGACACUCGACUCGAGUUGGUCGCCGAGAACUGGGACAUGGUGCUUUGGCAGAGAAAGCCUUGCGACCGAUUCUUCCAAAGGAUUAUCCCUUCACUAUAAGACUGACUAGUGAAGUCCUAGAAUCUAAUGGUUCCUCUUCAAUGGCUACCGUUUGCGGCGGAAGUUUAGCACUGCUCGAUGCAGGUAUACCAAUAUCUUCGGCAGCAGCUGGCGUGGCUUUUGGUCUUGUGACUAAAUAUGAUGAAACCAAUACACAUAUUCAGGACUACAAAAUAUUGACUGAUAUAUUGGGAAUUGAGGAUUACCUUGGAGAUAUGGAUUUCAAAAUAGCAGGCACCAAGGGAGGAUUCACUGCAUUCCAAGCUGAUAUAAAGAUACCAGGAGUUCCGUUGAAAAUCAUAAUGGAGUGUAUAGAAAAAACAACGAAUGCUAAAUCGGAAAUAUUUAAAAUUAUGAAUAAAGUGAUACGAGUACCGCGACAAACUAAGAAGGACAAGAUGCCAGUAGUCGAUAAUUUAGAAGUUCCUGUUCAUCAAAGAGGAAAGUUCCUUGGAGUCGGCGGGAUGAACCUUAAGAAAAUAUUCUUGGAAACCGGAGUGCAUAUAUAUCCAUAUAACGAAAACACCUACUCAAUAUUUGCGCCGAACGAAGAUGCUAUGACGGAGGCAAAGGAAAUGCUAGAAAAAAUUUUACGAAAGGAUCGUGAGCCGAUUUUGGAAUUCGGCGCUAUUUAUACUGCAAAAAUAGUAGAAAUCCGAGAAGCUGGGGUCAUGGUGACGUUAUACUCCAAUAUGAUACCGACAAUAUUACCCAACUCUCAGUUAGAUCAACGUAAGAUUCAUCAUCCCAGUGCUCUAGGACUUGAAGUUGGUCAAGAGAUACAAGUUAAAUAUUUCGGACGAGAUCCAGUAUCUGGACAGAUAAGGAUAUCACGGAAAGUACUGCAAGCACCAACUUCGGUUACGAAAACUUUAUAUCGUGAUGUGGAAAAAACGUGAAAUCUAUG